AUGGGCGCCACCGCGUCCAAGGUCGACGGCCCGCUCGAGACGCUCGACGCGGACCAGGUCCGCGCCGUCGUCGCCGGCUUCGGGACGCAGUUCGCCGGCGCCGCCGACAAGAUGCGAGAAGCGGGCAUCGACGGCGACUACCUCGCAAAUGCCUGUGUGGAAAUCAAAUGUCGGGCGCAUUUAGAACCUAACUCACUGGUUGAUUUCCGCACAGGCAAACGCGUCGGACGACGACCUCGCCUUGGUCUUCGAGCAGUGCGGUCUUACGAACAAACUGCAGCAAUCGCUCCUGAAGCAGAAGCUCAGGAAAGCGACGCGGGCGCCCGUAGCGCCGCCGCCGCUGCCGCCGCGGCCCAUCUCUCCGCCGCCCGAAGCCCCGACGCCGCCCGCGAGCCCCAAGGCGAAGGCGCCGGCGCCGCUGCGCGUGCGGGUGACGUGUCCGGCCGACGGUCACGCGGGCAAGCCGAUCACCGUGCAAAUUCCCGACGGCCGCAAGGCCCGCGCGUCGAUCCCGGAAGGCUGCGCGCCGGGCGAGACGUUUACGAUACUCGUGCCCGCGCUGGCGGCGCCUCCCGUCCACCGCGUCAGCGUCACGUGCCCGCCGGACAAACCGCCUGGAUCACAAUUACUCGUCAAAGUCCCGUCGGGCCAGACGAUUCGAGCGACGGUGCCCCAACGCCUAGGACCCGGCCGGUCGUUCACGGUCGUCGCGCCGGCGGCGCCCGCCGCGACGCAGUGCGCGGUGCUGCCCCCGCCGAGCGUCUCGCUGUCGUCGUCGGCCUCGCUGGACCUCUCGGCGGCGGCGUCCGGCACGUCGGCGGCUGCGUCCGGCACAGGUCUCGCGAAGAAGUUUGCGACGGAGGUGGCGAAGGACUACGCGUGGGACCAGGCGAAGAGCUGUGGCAAGGAGGUCCUGGCGUCUAUCGUGUCGAGCGACUCCAUGGCCGACGCUACUGGAUUUCUGCUGGGGAUGUAG